AUGGAUCCUAAACUAUAUAAAGCUGUAAUAACCACUAAUAUUGCUUCCCUACAGGAAUUAGCAAGCUCGGAUUUAACAGUUUUUCUCCAGGUGACAGCACAGGAAGACAACAUUCUUCAUGUUGCAGCCAAGUAUAAUCUGGAGCAAGUGGCAGAAGAGAUCAUGAAAUAUCCACAAUUGGUGUUGCUUGUGUGUCAAAAGAAUUCAAAAGGUGAUACUGCACUACAUAUUGCAGCAAGGCUGGGGAGUUUACGGACAGCUAAAGUCCUCAUAAAUUGUGCAAAUAACAUGAGCCGGGAAAUUGAAGCAGACGUGAGCCUUAUAAGGAUGGUGAAUAUGGAGCAAGACACUGCACUCCAUGAUGCUGCAAGAAAUGGUCAUUAUCAGAUUGCGGAAUUGCUAAUUAAAGAAGCUCCAGAGUUGGCACUUCUUACAAAUAAUGUUGGGGAGUCCCCACUCUUUAUUGCUGUGGAUAAAAAACACGUCGAUGUUGCUAAACUUAUCUUGGAAGUUGCUCCAGAUUGCUCUUUUGGGGGUAGGAACAACAUGAAUGUCUUACACGCAGCUGUUGUUCGGUCACAGGAUGAAGUUGUCAGAUUAUCCUCCUAUUUGGUGACGCUUCAGAGUCCUAUGAAUUACAUUACAAAUAUGUCAUUCAAGCAUUAUGCCAAGUUCUCUUCCUUUGGACCCUCCACCAUCUUUCAGGCUGCCAUAGCUAAAUCCAAGUACAAAGAUUUCAUUGAAUUCUUGACGGGAAAAUGUCAGUCUGCACUCUCUGAAACCGAUGAGUGCGGAUGGACUCCUCUGCACUAUGCAGUACACUUUGGUGCAGUGGACAUUUUCCAGCUGUUUUUGAUUGAUUCUUCAACUGCUUAUAUUAGAGAUAAUGAAGGCAUGUCUGUCAUUCACAUUGCUGCCAGAGAAGGUGAAGUAGUCAUAUUGGAAAUGCUUGCAUACCGUUUUCCCGAAAUUUGGGAUUUACAAGAUAAUAACGGCCAAACAGCUCUUCACCUUGCUGUUGCUAAAGGAAAGCUUGAUUCUGUCGAGUUUAUUCUUGACUUCGUUCUUUCUCAUGAUGGCCUUAUAAAUCAGCAAGAUAAUGAAGGUAACACAGCUUUGCAUCUCGCAACAAUCCAAAGACAUAAUCACAAAAUCUUUGAAUUGCUGAUGAAAGAUAGUAGGGUAGACAAGACAGCCACAAACAUGGAGGGCCUCACUGUUAUCGACAUUCUCCUGUUGAAUAAGGAGUUCGGCUACUACGAAAAGACUUGGAUUACAUUGAGUGUUGCAAAGAAUGGUGGUCUUGAAAGUUUGGAACAAACAAUAAACAAGAACGGUCGAAAAGUAAAAUCAAUUGAGGCAAGAAAACUAGAGCAGCCACAACAAUCAGAGGGAAGAGACCCUGCAAGGGACAGACAAGUUGAAGGCCAAAGACAAGUUGCAAAUAGGAAACCGGGGCCUGCAGGAAUAAGAAAGCCUACUUAUGACCAACUCCGGCAUAUAUCCAGCAUCAACUUGCUGGUAACAACACUCAUCGCCACUGUCUCCUUUGCAGCAGGUUUCACCAUGCCUGGUGGCUACAAAAGUGAUGGCCCAGACGAGGGCAUGGCAAUUCUAAGCAGGAAAACUGCUUUCAGGGUAUUUGUGAUAGCAAAUGCCUUAGCCUUUUGCUUCUCCACCACAUCAAUGUUUGUCCAUUAUUGCAAGUCAUUUGUGGAAAAGCUUGAUGCCGUCGCAUUCUACACAUAUAUCACCGCAUCAUUAACAAGUUAUGGUAUUACUGCAAUGGUCAUAGCUUUUGUUUCAGGCACCUAUGCAGCAUUAGCUGAUUCUUCCGGGCUGGCUAAAGCAGUUCUUUCCAUCGGAUGUUCCUUCUUUGGGCUCCAGCUUCUUGUUUAUCUCAAAUAA